AUGUCGAGCCAACCGAGGCAGGCCGGCGCGCUGUUCCCUCCCAUCGAGGUCGGCUCGUUCGUCUCGCGCCGGCCGGACAAGAGCGAGUUCAUCGGCAGCGCCAGCGGCGUCUUCUUCAUCAACACUGUCUUCCGCGCCUUCGCCGCCUCCUCAUCAUCCCCGGCCGCCGCCGCCGCUGCCGCCGCCGCGCGCGAUGACCCGGGCUCGCUCCCGGCGACGCACGAGCAGCAGCCUGGCGACGGCGACGACCUCCUCCUCGGCUUGAUCAGCGACGACGCCUCGACCGGGGCCGCGACGCCCAGCGGUCCUCACUAUGGGAUAGGGGUUCCGGGGCUGGGCGCGCCCCCGACGCCCGCGGCGGCCAAGGAGCUACUGAUGAUCUACUUUCGAAAGUGGCAUCCGGUGUUCCCGUUCCUGCACGGCCCGACGUUCUUCGAGGAGGUGCACCGCUUCUACUCGGCCACGAUCCCCGGCGGCGGCGGUGGCGGCGGCGGCGAGACGCUGCGCGACAAGCUGUGCCGCGCUUUGCGCUUCCAGUGCGUGUUCAACAUCGCCGCGACCGACGCGGACGACCAGCUCUCGGAACCUCGCUGCCGCAUCACCUCACCCGCCCUGCUGACCGGCCUGCUCGGCCUCGUCGUCGCGGGCGACCAGGACGUGCGCGCCCUGCAGACGCUCCUGGCGAUGGAGCUGUACCUGGUGACGCGCAUGUCCUCGCGUGCGGCCUCGACGGUGCACGGCGCGCUCACGCGCCUCAUGUACCAGGCGGGCCUGCACCGGUGCCCGUUCCGCUACCGGCAGCUGCCCCGCGGCGACGACGCGCUGGGCGUGAGGCAGAGGGUGUGGUGGUGCGCGUACGUGCUGGAUCGGCACCUCGGGCUGGCGCUCGGGCAUCCGGUGGCGGUGAGCGAUGACGAGGUGGACGUCUGCGUGCCCGGCGGGCCGGAGCUGCACGGUCCGGUUGAGGCGGGGGAUGAGGCGCGCGCGCACCUGCCGGCCACUCGCGAGUCGUUUUUGCGCAACAACGGCUUGGCCCCGGCGGGUGGCUCCGACGGACGGGACCACGACACGCGUCGGCCCGAAGAGGCUCCUGGUCUUGUUCUAGGCUGCAUGGUCACGUAUUCGCAGCUGCUCGGAGACGCUCUGAGACUGUUCCACACGUCGAUACACAAGCGAUCGAUCGCGCUGGACAAGGUCCUCGACCUGACGGCCAGGAUUCACUCGUGGUGGAACAGCCUGCCGUCGUCCCUCCAAGACGACGAGGACGCCACCGGCGCUAAAUCACCACACGCGGCCUUCUUUGCCGUCCUAUAUCACCACCUCGUCCUCUGCGUGAGCCGCCCGUUCCUCUCGCUGCCGACCGACCGAGAGGACUUUGGGUCCUGCUUGCAGUCGGCGUUGAGUGCAAGCCGUGCGAUCAUUCGACAGCUCCGUGCAAGUGCGAAGGGCUCUCUAGUGCUGGCCUGGCCGGGAGCCCUCUCCGCGGUCUGGAUGGCGGGUCUCGUGGUCGCCUACGCGAGUCUUCUCAAACUCUACCCGCUCGAAAAGGGCAUCCUGGACAUGAAUCACAGCAUAUCGUUGCUCGAGGGCAUGGGCCGCACGUGGACCAGCGCAAGUCACUGUCGGGACACUCUGAAGCUGAUGCUCGACCAACUGGCCUCACAGACCCGAGUGCCGAACAGCCCAUCCCAGGCGGGGCAAAUACCCUCCGAGGAAGCUCUGGGCAGCGAGGGAUUGGGCUCGGAGGGAUCGCCAGAUGCAGCAGGAGAGUCGCGGAGUAAACGCCGAAGACACGACCAGGCCGCGACACCCUCACCGCAUCCCGGCACAGACCCCGUGUUGGCCUCCGGCAUGGCCUCGUCUCAGAUAUGGCAGCCGGUGUUGGAGUAUACGGGGCCGGACUUUGGGUUCGACGCGAACCAGUUCUGUCGCCAGGAUGCCUGGCAAGAGUUCCUGGUGCAGGGGCUCAACCCCGGACUGUCAGGCCUGCUGUUCGACGAUGCCGGGUGGGACUCGUACGUCAAGACCUUUGGCGAUCGCUUAAGCUAG